AUGGAGAAACGACAAUAUCUUGAGGGUAUAUCCAUUACCGAUAAGAAGGCUUUGAGAAAACUCUCUUCCAAGUUCUUCCUAAACGGUGAUGUGUUAUACAAAAGGAAUUCUGAUUCUGUACUACUCAGAUGCGUGGAUAUACACGAAGCUAGUACAAUCAUAGAGUCAAUACAUGAAGGCUGCAAGGGUGUACACGCGAAGGGUCCUACUAUGGCUAAGAAGAUCCUUCGGGUUGGAACCUCGAUCCGCACAUCCACUUGGGCAACUACAUACUCAUUGGUAUAUGGGAUGGAGGUUGUGCUACCGAUUGAAGUCGAGAUUCCUUCACUUAGAGUCAUCAUGAAAGCUGACCUUGAUGAAGCUGAAUGGGUUCAAUCACGGUAUGACCAACUGAAUCUGAUCGAAGAAAAGCGUUUGACGAUCGUCUGUCAUGGUCAGCUAUACCAAAGACGUCUCAAACGGGCUUUUGACAAGAAGGUUCUUCCUCGUGAGCACCGCGCCGGGGAACUCAUGCUCAAAAGGUAUUCUUCUAUUCACUCAGACCCGCAAGGCAAAUGGACUCCCAACUAUGAGGGACCUUUCAUCGUUAAAAAGGCCUUCUCAGGUGGGUCUCUAAUCCUCACAACAAUCUAUGGUAGACUAAGGCCUAUGUUGUAA